AUGUUACCAAGGCGGCGGCUGCCUGGCCACCGACAUCUGGACGGGCAAAAUCAUGGUAGGCCCCAGGGGCGCACGGAGCGUGUGGCCCCAUGUCCCCACGGAUGCCGCCAAGAAGUUAGUAACUUCUGGGCGGCUGCAGGUAGUGGCAAAUGGGUCCUGGCAAAGGUGGUGCUGCUGGCCUCGAGGCCAAAGCGGUGCUACCGAUGUCUGGACACCGGCCACCUGGCACCGAGCUGCCAGUUCCCGGUAGACCGUAGCGGAAAUUGCUUCCGUUGCGGGAAGCCGGGGCACAAGGCCGCCAACUGUGCGGAGGAGCCCAGCUGCUUCUUCUGCGCAGAGCUCGACAGAGAGAGCAACAACGUGCUGGGGAGUAACGGCUGUUUUACAGCAGCCAGCAAGUCUCCCAGCUCGAGGAGGAAGCACAAGGCUCGGCCGCGUAAGCGACCUGGAGCCAAUAAGGCCGGGGCGAGUGAAACCGUCCCCGCCAUGGAGGUUGAAGCCUAG